GUUCUCCGUCUUCGAACUUUCUUCGACGAGAAAAGCGCGGGGGAGUUCCAGAGUACCCGGAACUUAGCAUAGAGUGCAGAUUCAUGUCGCCCAUAAUUCUUUCCUGCGAGGGUAUGAUAUAGCUCCUUUGCUCAAGUCGUGCCCGAAUCUACUCCAUACAAACCAGAGAGCGGAAUCUUCACGAACUCUAACAAUGCUAAGAUCUCUUGGCUCUCCGAUGAAGUCAGCCAAGGUAUGUGGGCGCCAGAAAGGGAAUAUCGACGAGACUGUCAAAACGAACGCAAGACCAUAUCUGCUUUGUUUUUGAAGAGUUU